UUGUAAACGGUUAUGGCAACGGCAUUCAGGCCAGUCAGCCGAGAGACGAGGGACUGCGCGUGCGCCCUCGUACGAUCGCUUGUUCGAAAUACGAAAUUGAAAGCGCGGGAAGUUUGUGGUAGCGAGGGAAAAUCAAAUACGCGGUCCAUAAAAUGGCUUCGCAAGCCAUGUCCGCGUGUGGCCUGGCGCUGUUGGUCUUGGCGAGCGUAACCAGCGCGCUCACCAUGGAUGAAGAUGCCACAAACAACUUAGUAUCCUCGGCAAGCUCUGCCCACGAGACGGGAGAAGUGGCGAUAGUAGUUCGAGGUCCACAUGGAAAGAGUGCGAGAAGGGAGGAACUCCUUCACGUGAAGGGGGCAGACGAUGACGCCAUCUCGCUCUAUUAUAACAAGAAGACUAAUAAAGUUUCCUUGGAGAGCCUCAACGGCGGCUUCCUCCGCUCCGUCUCCUGGAGUCUCGGCUCGUUCCCCAAGUCCACCCUGGUACUGGUGAGCACCACAAGCGGAGUGAAGCUGAUUGUCGGCUGCCGUACUCUGCACUGGCACCCGAUGGCCGGAAAACAUAACAUGAUCGGGCUGUUCAGCAAUCUGAGAUUGAAGCUGUAUCACGAAGAAAAUGCACCAGUAGAAGUCUACAACAGUGAAAGAGCAGCACUCAAUUCCCUGGGUUGUGACGUUCCAGAUGGUCUCAUAAAACCACCAGCAUUACUCACAGUAGAUGACCAAGAAUCUGACGUUGAAGAAGUAAAGGAUUUUAAAGCCAAAGAAGCUAGAAGAAAAAGAGAACAAAUGCAAGGAGAUGAUUAUAGAAGUGAUAAUAAUUAUAUUGAUGGUAGUCGCGCGCCUCAGCCGGAAUCCCAAAGGGGAGACAUACCUUCUGGGGUUAUUGAAACUUGUGAUGAUGAAGUGGUGCGACAACUACAAAUGCUUCGGCAGACCAUAGAUCAUCUGCGCAACGAGAUCGCAGCCCAGAAAGGAACCAUAGACAACCUGAGAGGCCAGCUUCGUCAGUGCUGCAACAACCAACCUCGAGUGGAAACCUGCACUGGUUCCACCUGUUACGAUGGGGUGGAAUGCCACAAUAUCCCGACCGGUGUGCAGUGCGGACCGUGUCCUGAAGGCAUGGAAGGGGAUGGACGAAGAUGCAGGCCCAUCACAUGCGAUAGAAGACCAUGCUCUAGAGGCGAGUACUGCCUAGACAGCGAGCGUGGUUACCGUUGCCAGAGAUGUCCUGGAGGUCAGUCCAGUGAUGGACAGACUUGCCUCUCACCCUGCAGCUCCAACCCUUGUUUCGGUGGACGUGUUCAGUGUCAAGACCUCCCUGAUGGCAACUACCGUUGCGCGUCCUGCCCACCAGGCUACCACGGCAAUGGUGAACAAUGCAGUAGGAUAACCUGCACUCAAAAUUCUUGCUUUCAAGGAGUAGACUGCCAGGAAUCUUCCGAAGGGCCCCUUUGUGGAGCAUGUCCUCAGGGUUACAGUGGAGAUGGGAUCCGUUGUCAGCACGUGUGCGACUCCCACAGACCUUGCGGGGACCGGCCGUGUCGUCACAGCACUUACGCUCCCUUCUACGACUGUGAGUCUUGUCCCAGCGGAUACGAGUGGAAUGGAUACAAAUGUACGGACAUAGACGAGUGUGACCUCAUUCGUCCGUGUGAUGACCUGGUCUCUUGUCGGAAUGAAGAAGGAGGGUUCACCUGCGGCGCUUGCCCUCCAGGAUAUGAAGGUAGCUCUGGCUGGAGAGGGUCUGGAGAUGAGAAGAGAAGGGAGCAGUGUGUGGACAUAGAUGAAUGUGGCGACGGAAGAGCUGAUUGUCCGAGGGGAAGACUCUGUGUGAAUACUCCGGGAUCCUACACCUGUGUCCCCUGUGGUGGCAACUACUACGUGAACACUACGCGGCCGUGCUAUCCGCGAUCAGACGUCGACCCCGAGUCUCUUACCAUCCGCUGCGACCCCGCGUACUGCCGGCGAUACAACGCGGUCUGCGGCUAUGGAGCCAAGUGUAUUUGUGCUACGGGUUGGGCCGGCAACGGCACAGUUUGCGGUCCAGACCGCGACCUGGACGGAUACCCUGAUCAAGAACUGCCAUGUGCCGAGAUCCACUGCAAGGCUGACAACUGUCCAGACGUGUCCAAUUCUGGACAAGAAGAUGCGGACGGGGACGGCAUGGGAGACUCUUGUGACCCGGAUGCUGAUGGUGAUGGCAUCGCUAAUCAUCCAGAUAACUGUCCAUUGAUCGCCAACCCUGACCAACUGGAUCGCGACGAGGACCGCAGUGACAAACGUGGAGACGUCUGUGACAACUGUCCCAGAAGAUACAACCCAGAACAGACUGAUACAGAUCAUGAUGGCGUUGGUGACGCAUGUGAUCCUGAUAUGGAUAACGAUGGAGUUUCCAAUGAUGAUGACAACUGCCCGAUUGUAUACAACCCGCGACAGGACGACAUGGACGGCGACAGGGUGGGUGACGCGUGCGACAAUUGUCCACGAGUACGGAACCCCAACCAGGAGGACAUCGACCGCGACAAUGUUGGUGACGCUUGCGACAGCGAUGUUGAUAGGGAUAGGGAUGGUAUACAAGACGGUCUAGACAACUGUCCCAGUGUGCCGAACAGCGAUCAGCAAGACGUGGACGGUGAUGAAAAGGGUGAUGCUUGCGACGACGAUGAUGAUGGUGAUGGCAUCCUUGACUCUCAAGACAACUGUCCACUUGUAGCCAAUCCAGAUCAGAGGGACUCUAACAAUGAUUUCAUCGGAGACGCAUGUGAUAAUGAUUACGAUGGAGAUACGAUAAUCAACGAGCUGGAUAACUGUCCCAACAACUCUAAGAUUCAUCGCACUGACUUUAGGAAAUACAUGACGGUGCGCUUGGACCCGGAGGGCGAAUCACAACAGGACCCCAACUGGGAAGUCAACAAUGAAGGUGCGGAGAUCCUGCAGACCCUCAACUCCGACCCGGGCCUGGCGGUGGGCUACGAGUUCUUUGGGGGCGUAGACUUCGAGGGCACCCUGUUUGUGGACACACAGAUUGAUGAUGACUACGUUGGAUUCAUAUUUGGUUACCAGAAUAACAAGCGUUUCUACGUGGUGAUGUGGAAGAAGAACACACAGACGUACUGGCAGACGACGCCGUUCCGUUCGGUCGCGGAGCCGGGCAUACAGCUGAAGCUGGUGAAGUCCAAGACCGGACCGGGGAAAACGCUGAGAAACGCGUUGUGGAAUACUGAAUCCACGCCUGAUCAGGUCACUCUCCUAUGGAAAGACCCACGCAACGUGGGCUGGCGCGAGAAAACUGCCUACCGCUGGCGUCUGCUACACAGACCUAAAAUCGGGCUCAUCCGACUGAAGGUCUACGAGAAUAAUCGGCUCGUGGCUGACUCCGGCAACGUGUACGAUCUGACGCUGCGAGGAGGUCGCCUUGGCGUCUUCUGCUUCUCCCAAGAGAUGAUUAUCUGGUCCAACUUGGUUUAUAGAUGUAAUGAUAAAAUCCCAUCAAACAUAGUACCCGAAAUACCCACAAGACUUCUGAGAAAGCUAGAAGUUGAUCACGAUUUCAUCUACACAUAAAUAGAUUUAAAUAUGCAUUAGAUAUCUAUUAUUUUAAUUUAAGUAUUGAUAUUUACGUUUGUAACAUUUCUUUAAGUGUGCCAUUUUUAACUUAAUUAAGUAGGUACAAUGUAUAAAUGAAUCAGUAUACUUAUUUAUGAAACUAACGAAAUAUUCCGAUGUAUUAAAAUUAAGUCUAUAUGCUAUAAAUACCUACAUGUAUUUGAAACGUCAAUUCGAUCAGAUUUCCUAUAAAAUAAAUAAUUUUAAUUAAUAGA